GACUGUAGCACCUACUCCUUGGGAAACCUCUGAUAAAAGUGGUCAGAGACCAGUCAUGGCCAGAUGAGACACUCUAGGUAAUGAGAGAGGCUUGACUGACGUCCUGAUCAUGCCUUCCGCACAACAUAGUCGGAAGCCCUCAACACGAGCGGCACUUCCACGCCGUACCACUAAAGGACCGCUGGACGCACUCGCAGAUCCUUUGUCUAUCCCCGUAGCAAGCACGCCAUCUCCCUCACUGCUUGCAGAAUCUCAACCCGACUUAUUGCCACAAGAAGAUUUGGUCCAAACAGUCACCCAGGCUCAGCAGCCAACUGCACAGCCUUCAGGCCCCAUUGAAGAGCAAACAGUCGAGGAAAGAGACCUUUCUUUCCUCCUCGACGCAUCUAUUUAUCAUCCACUUUCACAGCUCGAGACUCCUGGCCCGUUCAGGAGGCCUUUCCUACCUCCACCAACAAGCGACACGAUUGCACAAUCUCUCGAGCAACUCGACCCGCUGCUUUCACGAUGCGAGUUUCUCAGAGCAGCACAGUUUUCGGGGUCUAUAUUGACCUCUGGAGCCCUGCGACCGACAGAUUCAAAGACAGUGUUUCGGCUUCUCGCCAUUCGCUAUUCUUGCCUAGAGCUGUCGGGAAAUGUGCUGCUUGCCGCCCAAGAAGCAAAAGCCCUUGAAGAUCUCAGCUCUUCUUUCUAUUAUGAGGACUCGCCUUCCGAAAAGCCUGGUGGGGACGAUGCUGAAGAAUCGGACGCCGUGCCCCAUCAUAUAAUGCCAUUUUCGCUGCGGUUGCAAGCCUUACGACUGCAAAGUAUUGGUUUCUCCGAUCCCCGUCGUGGUGUGACCUCUCUUUAUGAUGUUGCUUUCGAGUGCAGAAGACAUUUAUCGGCAUCAAGCACUUCCUCAGACGAGCGCAAAGCUUGGUCGGAAAGGCUCCACGAAGUAUCCAUUCGGGUCGUCAAUGCAUUGAUUGAGAUGGGCGACUUUGAUUGUGCUUUGCGUACACUGGAGAGCAUGAAACAGAUCGGCCACGUCAAUCAAGCCCUCUGGACAACUCGGAUGGUUUUACUACUUCUCAAGAUGGGUGAUCUUGCACACGCACAUACGCUGGCCGGAUCAUCAAGACUAUCAGCGCAGGAAAAGUCUGCCAUCAAUUCUGUCAUUGCGAUCGGCGAAGGCGACUAUGAUGAAACCGCCAAAGCACUUUCCGAUUGUGAAGCGAAUAUAGAUCCCGCCGUGAGAGCCCUGGUCAGACAAAAUCUGGCCGUGGCCAACCUCUACAAGGGUGAAGUGCGGAAGUCCAGACAGAUUUUGGAAGAAUUGGUAAAUGAGGGAUACUCUUUUCAAGCCUUGACAAUCAACUUGGCUACUGUUUACGACUUGAGUUCUGACAAGUCCCGAGACUUGAAGAUGUCUAUGGUGUCCGACGUCGCCGAACAGAAGAGGGAUACCGGCCAUUCGCGCUCUUUCUCCAAUGCCGAUUUCAAAUUAUGAUCCCAAAUAAUUCACAAACACAAGGAACCCAUGAAGCCAUGUCUGUAAUCGAAGGCUUUCAGUAGACCCUUCAAAUGUGACAUGGCGGCCAACACAAUCAGGACAUGAAAGAUCUGAUGAGAACUACCCAGGGUGUCGAAUUUCCCUGGAUACCAAGCUUCCGGAAUUCGAGCCUGGACAAGUCAGCAAAGUCCGCUGUGGUCACAAACUACGACUCACGGCAUAUAAGCCGGCACCAAGGAUAUACAAUGCUCCUUGUAACACCAACCAUGAAAGCCCGAUCUGCUUCUCCAUGGCACUCAAUCCAAAUGUCAUUAGACCAUCAAGGACGGGAAAGACCGCAGAGAUACCCAUUCCGACGAACAUCAGCGCUCUGUAAGGUCGCCA